CGUAGCGCCUCGGUUGACAUUGUUGUUGUUGUGGGAGUCGGAAUGUAGUUUAUAGCGAAGAGAGGAAAGUGUGAGUGUGAGGUUUGGAUGAACACGAAGGAGAAGGAGCGGGUUUGAGUCCGGAUUAGGUGACGAGUUUACUGGAAGAGUGAGAGAGCUGGGAUGGGACCGUGAGGAGGAGGAUUUGUUCUGCGAGGCCGAGCUGAAGGUGUUGCUGUAGCGGUGUUGAUCGCGGACUGUAGGAGAGUCGCUCUCCUGUUCGUUUCCGCUGCCCUGAUGUCCCCCUGCAGCGCCGUCGCUUCAUGAUCGCAUGACCCUGGAUAUGGACGCAGUCCUGUCCGACUUUGUCCGCUCUACAGGAGCCGAACCCGGACUGGCCAGAGACCUACUGGAGGGUAAGAACUGGGACCUGACAGCCGCCCUGAGCGAUUUCGAGCAGCUGAGGCAGGUGCAUGCUGGGAGUCUGUCCUACCCAUUUUCAGAGGAGAGGGAACAGACGCCGACGGAGCACAAGGACAUGACGAGAGUGGGACGGCCGCUGCUGCACCGGCAGGACGACGUGGUGCAAGCCACAGAGAAGCGUCUAUCUCGAGGGAUCUCUCACGCCAGCUCCACCAUCGUAUCCCUGGCUCGCUCUCACGUGUCCAGCGUCGGAGGUGGUGGCGUCGGCACCGAGAUGCUCCUGGACACCCCCGUCUGCACCUUCCAGCUGCCCGAUCUCACCACGUACCCUGACGAUUUCCGCGGCUUCAUCGAGCGCGACCUCAUCGAGCAGUCCAUGAUGGUGGCCCUCGAGCACGCAGGUCGGCUAAACUGGUGGACGAAGCUGGGUUCUGGAUGCCAGAGUCUGUUGCCCCUGGCGACCAGCGGAGACGGAAACUGCCUCCUUCAUGCCGCCUCUCUAGGCAUGUGGGGCUUCCACGAUCGAGACCUGAUGCUGCGGAAGUCUCUGUACGCCCUGAUGGACCACGGCCAGGAGCGAGAGGCACUGAAGCGCAGGUGGAGGUGGCAGCAGACCUUGCAGAACAAAGAGUCAGGGCUGGUGUACACUGAGGAAGAAUGGCAGAAGGAGUGGAAUGAGCUGUUGAAGUUGGCCUCCAGUGAACCCAGGAUACACUACAGCACCAACGGCACCAACGGUGCGGAGUCGCAGGAGGAACCGGUGUAUGAGAGUCUGGAGGAGUUCCAUGUGUUCGUUCUGGCUCAUGUGCUCCGCAGACCGAUAGUAGUGGUGGCUGACACCAUGCUGAGAGACUCAGGAGGAGAGGCCUUCGCCCCGAUCCCGUUCGGUGGGAUUUAUCUACCCCUGGAGGUCCAGGCUCACAAGUGUCACCGCUCGCCGCUGGUCCUGGCCUACGAUCAGGCACAUUUCUCCGCCCUGGUUUCCAUGGAACAGAAGGACGGUUCCAAAGAGCAAGUGGUGAUUCCUCUGACUGACUCGGAUUACAAGAUGCUUCCUGUGCACUUCGCCGUGGAUCCGGGAAAGGACUGGGAGUGGGGUAAAGACGACGUGGACAACGUGAUGCUCGCCAGUGUUACUUUAUCUCUGGAGGCGAAGCUCCACCUGCUGCACACCUACAUGAACGUGACAUGGCUUCCCCUGCCAUGUGAGGUACAGCAAGCACCUCUGGCCCAGCCCGAGUCUCCGACUGCCUCGGCCGGCGAGGACGCCCGCACGCCCCCUGACUCUGGUGAAUCCGAUAAAGAGUCUGUGAGCAGCAGCUCCAAUGGAAAUGGGGACAGCAGCGUAACGGGCACCAGCAGCGGAACGGCCGGUAAAUCCUCCAGCUCCUCGAGUUCGUCCAGCAGCGGCUCAACAGGAACAAUGGUUAAGGAGAAAAACAAGAAGGACAAGGAAAAGGACAAAGAGAAAGAUAAGAAGAGGGCUGACUCGGUGGCCAACAAGCUGGGCAGCUUUGGCAAGAGUUUGGGCAGCAAGUUGAAGAAAAACGUGGGUGGUUUAAUGACUGGAAAAGCUGGAACAGGUGGCUCCGGCAAGCCUGAAGGUGUGGAGAAGAAAAAGGGGUCCCUCCGCGGACGCAAAGACAGCAAGGAUGGCAAAGAAGGCUCUCCCUCGGCUCAUCACGGCUCCGAGGACUCUGGAAAAGGCUCUCCGUCCUCGCAGAACGGAAACAGCUCUUCCGAAGGCGACUCGUACAAGUACAGCACAGACGUAAAGGCGAGUCUGAGCAUCCUGCGUGCAGCGAUGCAGGGCGAAAGGCGAUACAUUUUUGCCGGCCUUCUGACUACCAGCGACCGGCAGCCGUACCAGGAAGAGAUGAUUCAGCGGUACCUGGUGGACGCUGAGGAACGUUUCCAUGUAGAACAGGAGCAGAAAAGGGAGGCUGAGCGCAAAGGGGUGAUUAAUGGAGCCCAGCCCAAGAAAGAGGCAUCAGAAUCUGGUUUCCGCGGCUUUGACGGAAAAGAGGAUGUAACAGAAGCACCACACCAACAUUAUAACACCCUGAAAUCACCCUCUUUUACCCCGUCGCUGUAUACAGGAGUUGUGCCCAUUUCUCGAACCACCUUCCUCGAGCACUCACCCACGCCGCUCCCUCAGCACCUUCACAUUCCUGGCUACAUGGACGCCCGGCGCCAGCUAGCUGGCGGCUCACCAUCCACCUACCCAGGCCUGCCGUCCUAUGCCACCCUACCCCGCCAUUGCCCCUUGAGCCAAGGUCCUGUCCACACUCACACUCGUUACAAUACCCCCACCCCUGCUUGUGCAGCACCUUGUUUCUCGUCGUCUUACACCCAUCAGCAGGAUAUACCUGACUUCCACGGUGAGUCGGUUGGUGGCGCGUAUGCCAACGGCUUGCUAUCGGGACUGGACAGCCGAGGUGGUCCUCCUCCAGUCAGGCACUAUUCUCUGGGCAGCGCUGGUGGAUUGGUGAACCUGCAGUCAAUCCGGUGCCGAACGCCAAGCUGCAACUAUUACGGACACCCGGAAACCUGCAACUACUGCUCGUACUGCUACAGGGAGGAGCUGAAGAGACGAGAAACUGACACGGCCAUGCACAGGUUCUAAGGUGGCACCGUAUUCAGCUGGUAUCCUGUAGUCCACGUGAGACUCGGCAGGUCUCACGCAGGAUCUCGCUACAGAAUUUCGACGGGCCUUCCCGUGCCGUUGUGAAGGGACUACGCUUAGUCGACACAGAGGGAUGGGAUGGCUGCGGAGUCGAGUCCAUACCUCUGUUACUUUUGCAGUGGAUUUUAGGCGGUAGAUUUGUCGUUGGCGCGGUCAUGCCGUUCUUUCUUGCUAUGUCGCCGUCACAACACUUCCUGAUUGUGACAAGGGUGUCGGGGCAGUUUAUUUUUGUCCUCCGAGGCACAAACUCGUGCUGCGUUGCGUAAAGACAUUACAUGCAGAAUAUACCACAUGAAGCACAACCAGAAGAUGCACACUUGUACAGCUUCACAUUUACAAGACGUUCAGUGACACUUGGAGGCACGUUGACAAGGGAUGAGUAAGGUUUAAGGAGAACCCAUUUUGCCAUAUAAUUUCUAGAGAAAUUUUUUUUUUUGUCUUUAACUCAAAUUACCCAAUGUUUUUGUCCUGCCCCCAAGCCGUGUCCUAACAGGAUUCUUCUGACCGUUUUGCUUGUCUGGUUCUGGUAUCUCCAAAUGAUGGGGCAAAACUUUGACAGCCAAAGGUCUUACUGUAUAGUAACAUGUCGUAGAUGAAGGUGAAGCGCGAAUCCAACCGGUACAGAAAGCAGUUAACGUUGUGUCCAAGUCAGCAAGACAUUUGCUUAAGAUGCCGUAUUAAUUUAUAUUAAUUAAAGACACUAAUUUCUGAAAGUGUUCAUCCUGCUGUAAUCAUCUGCUGAAGUCUUGAGAUAUUGUAACCCUCAACGAAAGUACUCGAAGAUCUGAGGAAUUUCUUUAAUCCUCUGAAGCUAAUCCAGCCUGUUGGGUGAAAUGAACUAGCAAGACAUGCUGUUUUGUUUUUGUUUUUUUUUGGGGGGGGGGUCCGUUUUUUUUUUUUUUCUUUCUCCAAAUAAUAAAAGGUGGGUCCGUGGACUUUUCUCUGCACAAAGUCAAGCACUUUUUUCUAAUAUCCUGACAUUGCGUGUUUUUCUUUGGUGUGGUGACGCUGACGACGAUGAUGAUGACGACGACACCAGACUUGUUCUGUUCUCCAUCAGAUGGUGUUUUGUUGAGACUCCAUGCAGUGAUCCAGCUCGACCUGGCUGUUUCCGAGUUGCCUUUUCAGUCUCGCGCCAGUCCUUGUUGAACGUAAAUGUUAUUUUCACAAAACACUGCUAAAAAUAGUUUUCACAAGUAGACAUUUGUUGGUAAUCGCCACACGGUGUUGGCAUCGUGGACAUUUCAGAAUAUCGCAGCACGCGUCCAUCGGUGUCUCCCGAAAUAAGAUAUUGUGUUCUAUGGUUCCUUAUUUCAAUCCACGUAUUUAAAAGAAAGUACAUGAAAAUUUGAAAAGCUCAUCAAAUACUAAAAGCUGAUCAUACUUGCUAAUAAUCUUUAGUAAAUUAAAAAAAUGCGUACAUGCCUGUUCACAAGGUACACGGCUUUCUGUACACUGACUGCUGCUUUUACUGCAAACCUAAACGUUGAGGGGAAGAAAGGGGGGUAAAAAAAUGCGCACCACCACACCUGCCGUUUAUUUGAAAAUGUUCUUGGUUCACCUGCUGAUUUCAUGUUGUCGAAUUGUUCUCAUUGGUCAGUGUGUGUGCGAGUUGAAGGCGAUCGCUGUGGUCUUGUCAAUGCAGAGCACAAGAGUGCGGUCAUGCUUCCGCAUCAUUUCUCAGCUCUUGUAACCGAUUCGUACGCUCAUAACCGGGAGAAAAACCAGCCAGUGGUUGCUUUUACUGCAAACCUGAAUGUUGAGGGGGAGGGGAGCGCCACCGCACCUGCCGUUAUUUGAAAAUGUUCUUGGUUCACCUGCUGAUUUCUUCACGUUGUCGAAUUGUAUGAGAGCUGAAGGCCAUCGCUGUAGUCGAUGCAGAAUACAAGGGCGCUGUUACACUUCCGCAUCAUUUCUCAGAUCUCGUAACCGAUUCGUACGCUCAUAACCAGUAGAAAAACCAGCCAUAACGAGCGAGUGUACAGAUCGUAGGAUGGUUCCUUGACGUAAUCCUGUGUCUUGAACAGUGUGUAAUGUAGUCCAUUGUAUUGUACUGCACCGCAUUUGUGCAAAACAAAGUCGACACACACAACCGUUUCUCUGAACUACGCGAUUAUCAAUACAUUGAAAAUUCAUGAACAGUGCUGCUGAAAUUCUUAGUGCUAAAUCCAAGCACCAGAACCUGAAAUUGUCCUGUUAAAUGCAAUAAUUCAGUUUUCUGUUGACCCAAAAACUGAGCCUCGCUGUAUCACUGUAUCAGUACUGUCAUGGUGAGCCCUGAAACUGGCACUGCGGUGUGGUAAUGCGCUGAACGUUUCUGAUUGUAACCUGAAACACAAAGGUUUUCUUUUUCCUGUAAUGUAAUUCACUGAUUUGUCCAGUGGAUGGCGCAGUUGUAUAGUUCUUCAGUAUUUUGUUUAAGAGACGAGCAAAGACCAAGAGUAUCACGAAUCACUAAUAAUGGAGCAUAGGAUUGAAGAACAACAACUCGGGACGCACCGAUUUCCAUCUAAAAUGCGUUUUGAAUAGAAACCAUGAACAAGCGUUUGUCUCUGUAGCGUCUCUUACUGUACAUCGAAAUGAUUUUUUUUUUUUGAAUUUAUUAAAUUGUGUACCCUUUAAGUGUUGAGGGCAGCACUGUGGUGUUUCCAUGUUGUGUACAGUCUUAGAAGCAAGGGUUCUUUAAGGGUUCUAGGAUUCUACUUCGAACAAAUUUAAGGCGUAUUCGCAUCUUUAAAGCUUUUCAUUUGUCAAGCUGAAUAUGAAGGAAUUUAUUUGGAAAUAAUUCGCAGGAGCACAAGAAAUUUAUCGAUAAACAGAAAUCCAGUUAUUUCGUAGCCUGAAAGUGUUUUGCUCCUGAAAAAUUUCCAUAUAAGGAAACCCGCUAACAGCGUGACCCUUCAGAUCGUAUAACUGUUGAUGAGCUACUGGACCUUUUUUUUUUGGACAUGCAUCAGGCUGUCUAAAUUCUUCAAUUUCACAGCUUAAUGAAUUUUGUCAAAUUUAAGUCUCACAAGAUGUUUUUUAGUUGUUCAGUUUAGACAAAUAAUGGCGCCCUGUAAAAGCAGGGUGGUGUUCGGGUGUGUCUGGAAUUCCUGGAGGAUUUGGUGUACACUCUCAGGAAGCACUCUUUCACCGUUGUAGUCCCAAUUUUCAGCUCUCCAUGAGGUUUGCCUUUUAUGGAGUCUUGUGGGCGUGGAUAAAUCAGCUGCGCCGCUUUAUGAACAUGCUUUCUGGCUGAUUUUUCUCAAAGAAAGUCAGCUACACUGAUGACUGAAGUCAGUUUGAUUUAUGAAAACAUUGAGUCCCGGUUCUGCCGAUCCAAAAACGUUGCCACGUACCACCUUGACCAUUAUCUAAAACACACUUUUACUAGUUAAAUUAUGUAAAUAUUAGGUUACUGACCGGCCAACUAAAAUUCACUGAUUGUUUUCCAUAAUUUUGUCCUGGUGUUUAGUCCCAGUAUUUAUGAUUGGCUGACCCUUAAAAUUAAUUGCUCUCAUGCUGAUCUGAUUUCUUAAAGCAAUAUAAAUCAUUUAUUAUUUUUUUUCUUUUUCUUCAAAUCCAAGCCAAUGGCCAACAAGAACCGAUUAUCGUUUCAGGAUCAGAUUUGGUGCAUCCCGUGUGUGUGUGUGUGUGUGUGUGUGUGUGUGUGUGAGAGAGAGAAUAUAAUGACCUCUUGAAAAUAUUCCAGUAUAAAUCCACAAACAGGACUCAUCCCCAAAAUAUCCAGCUCAGUGCAUCUGUUUUUCCGUUUUCUUUUUUCUUCUUCCUGUUGCGAACAUUCGUCUUUACAGAACACAACCCAGAAUCAGCACAUUUUUUUUUCUAUUUAAAAAUAGAAACAAAAAGACAGUGGUUGUACAAAUACGUUUGAGUUAUUUUUGUAAAGUGAAAGCAGUUUUACAGUGUUUUUAACGAUGAGAAUGUAUGGUGGGGUUUGUAGGACGCUGAGGGAUGGUGAAGGGAUGAAGUCAGUAUUUGUGUGUGUGUGUGUGUGUGUGUGUGUGUGAGAGAGAGAGAGAUAUUUUGGGCUGACCACCAGGAGCCUCUUCAGUGCUCUGGGUUCUUGUGCAAACACUAACCUCUUCUAAAAGACCUAAAAUGCUAUUAUUGAAAAUAUAUAUAUAUAUAUUUAUAAAAAGGCUGUUUGUUUGUUUGUUUGUUUUCCUCUGAAGGUUUUUUUUUUCUUUUCUUCACUCAAACUCGGAUGAUCAUCUUUCUUGGCUUUGUGUCACUGACGGGCCUUCAGAGUUUUCAUUUCAACAGAGUGAGUGGGCUUCAUUUUGUCGUCCUUGAACGGACUUGACUAUUUUUCUACGGUGUAUUUUGACGUGUCUGACAGAACAGCAGUCAUCAGCAUCGAGUGGUUUGCAUGAGACUGAAACUGUUGCAUGUACAGAUGCAAUUUAUUCAACCAAAUUUCUGAUCCUUCUGGUGAUUCGGGAAAAAUCUGGGUUCUUUUCUUUUGAGGCAAGCACAGGCUGUGUGACGAUGCAAUCUAGAUGGAAAGAACAUCUGGUGUUUUUGUUUUUUUCCCCCUUUUGCACCGUUUGAAUAAAAUUCUCAUUGUAUUUAAA